CUUUCAUAUUAGGGAAGGACAUAGAGCAGCGUAUUCUGUGUGCCAUGGCGAGACAUACAGCUGCCUUUCUCGUGACGUUUGCCGGCCUAACGUAUGGCAUCCUAGCUAUUGCUUUUGCCGAAGAAGCAAAAGCAGCAGUGAGCCCUGUUUCAGGAAAGGCUGGCAAUGAAGAAGCUAGGAUUGGUGGACGUCAGCUUGAUUCAUUAGCUGGGCAAACCUUUGGCAGGGAAUAUGGCCGACAGCUUGACUCAUUAGCUGGACAAACCUUCGGCAGGGAAGACGCUCGUCAGCUUGACUCAUUAGCUGGACAAACUUUCGGCAGGGAAUAUGGACGUCAGCUUGACUCAUUAGCUGGACAAACCUUUGGCCGAGAAGAUGCUCGUCAACUUGACUCUUUAGCUGGACAAACUUUCGGCAGAGAAUAUGGCCGUCAGCUUGACUAGUUAGCUGGACAAACCUUCGGCAGAGAAGAUGCUCGACAGCUGUACUCGUUAGCUGGGCAAGCCUUCGGCAAAAAAGAUGACCGUCAGCUUGACUCGUUGGCCGGACAAACGUUUGGUUGAAUUGAUGGCUUACAGUUAAACAUGUUGAGUAGACGAACGUUUGGCUACAUAUCAAGUGGUAGACCAAACCAAAUGUGUAAUGCUACGAUGAAUUCUUUGGCUUAACACUCACUCUUUUGUUAUUGCUUCUGAAAUCAUUAAUAAAGAAUAUUUCUUCGGUAUG